UACACUGAGGAACUCACGCAGAGAUGUCCUGGAGCUGAGAUGAUUGACUUCCAACAACUACAUUCAUCUUCCUAUCUGCCAGAUGUCUGGGGGUAUCUUUUCUCCCUUGGAUAACCUGUACGAUUUGGAUAAUGCAAACUGUCACCCUCUGGUCUGCCACCUCUGCUAUGAACAAUAUGAACACCCCUGUCUCCUGGAUUGCUACCACACCUUUUGUGCCACCUGCCUGCGGGGCAGAGCUUCAGAAGGACGUCUCUCCUGCCCCCUUUGUGGACGUCUGUCGAUUGUGAAGGGCACCAGUGGGCUCCCAAAGGUAGAUCGAUUGCUGAAGUUCCUGGUCGACAGCUCAGCUGACAAUGAAGAGAUUGUGCAGUGUGCAAACUGUGACUUUGAGUGCAAGAAACAGGACGCCGAUGCCAUGUUUUACUGCAACACGUGUAACCAGCCACUCUGCAGCUCCUGUCGUGAAGACACACACAGAGCAAAAAUGUUUGCCCGCCAUGAGAUUGUAACUCUGGCCAAACGCACCAAGGCGCUGCAUAAGAAAUGCCCUCUUCACGAGGAACCGUACAUCAUGUUUUCCACAGAGAAGAAGUCCAUGCUCUGUAUCAACUGCUUUCGGGAUAUGCAAGUUGAAAGUCGAGCCCACUGUAUCGAUAUUGAGACUGCAUAUGUGCAAGGCUGCGAGAAGCUGGACCAGGCUGUGAUGGCAGUGAAGGAACUUCAAACAUCCACACGAGAAGCCAUCAUCCUCUUGAAGGCCAUGAUCAACGAGGUGAGAGCCAACGUCAUUGAAGAGGAGUCAGCCAUCAGCUCACUGUUCAACAGUAUGCAGGAAACAUUAGCCGAGAGGAAGAAAAUACUCCUGAAAACUGCUCAGAAUCAACAUGAAGAGAAAGAGAAAGCUUUUAAAGAGCAGCUCUCAAAUAUGGCUGCACUGUUACCCACCCUUCAGGUCCACCUUGUCACCUGUUCUGCUUUCCUCAGCUCUGCCAAUAAGUUUGAAUUCUUGGACUUGGGCUAUCAACUCAUGGAGAGGCUGCAGAAGAUUGUUAAACUCCCCCAUCGCCUGAGGCCCACACAGAGCAGCAAGAUUAACACAGAGUACAGGCCAGAGUUUGCCCGGUGUCUGGAGCCCCUGCUCUUCCUGAACCAUCGGCGUUCUGGAUCAAUGACUGGAGGAGGUCCAGGAACUGGAAUAAGCAAUGGAAAUGUAAUGAACUUGGUGGGCACAAAGACAUUUCCACUUUCUGAUUCUUGUGCAUCCAUGGGCGAAAUGUCCCUGACAAACACAGUGACAUGUAAGCCCACCUCGCAUCGUUACAUUAGCACAAAGGUCCUGCUGGCAGAGGGAAGUCACAGUCCUUUCACAGAGCAUUGCCGGAAUUACGAGAAUACAUUCAAGGCCUUACAGACAGAACUACAGUCACUGAAGGACCAGGUGCAAGAGAUGCACCGGGAUCUGACCAAACAUCACUCGCUCGUCAAGACAGAUGCAAUUGAUGAGAUCCUACAGAAAUCGCUGCAAAUGGAAACUCAGAUUUCUUCCCAAUACUCCUCUGUGGAGACUAUGAGGACCAUGUUUGAGGAGGUUUGGGAGGAAACCUACCAGAGAGUUGCAAAUGAACAUGAGAUUUAUGAAGCCCAACUGCACGACCUCAUGCUGCUGAAACAGGAGAACACCUAUCUAAUGACAAUUGCACGUCAAAUAAGUCCAUACAUCCGCUCAAUUGCCAAAGUGAAGGAACGCCUGGAGCCCAGACUGAAAGAGCCAAGAGAUGUAAAGGAUGACAGAACAGACAGCAUGCUGAAGAUUUACGACGAAACCUCCAUCAUGACUACAGAUGGUCAGCACAGGAACGACCUCACGUGUCCCAGUGAAGACAAAGAAAAACUUACCGACAACAAGGACAAGGUCAUUGACAAUCGAACUCUGAACAUUCUGCCAGCGGAUUCAGAGCUGAAAUCCAGGGAAUUGCACCGGACAAAACAAAAGACUGGACUGGACAGCUCUGACAGGAUGGAACUCACCUUAUAGUGCAGAGUGACAAGAGACACAGCACAUCCAAUGAACUGUGAUAGCCCUUCGAAUCUAAAAAGACUUUGAAGGUCUGCAUUUGUUUUUUGCAAUCUUGGAUCUAGUGCACAAUCAGCAGAUUUGUUCUUUUAAAUAGAAUAGCAGAUAAGUGUGGAUAAGAACAUUGGUUGCAUUAUCUUUUAGCAGGGAAUUAAUGCCAAAUGACUAGCCACAACUUGCAUUUACCUAUUGACUUUUGUGUUGUAUGGUGUACUUAGGGCACUUCACAGGAGCAUUAACAUACAAAGUUCGACAAAGAUGCAAGAGCAGACAUUACAGUUUGUUCAUGAUGUUGCCUUUUGUGCACGUUCUGGUUUUUCUCAUUUUAUAUAGAUCUGAAUCUGAUCACUGCCCUUAAAAUGGUACAUUUUAUUUUAACUAAAGCUUAAAAUGCUCUGAAGUGUUU